UCAGGGAUAUCUGGAGGGAAUGCUUUUCGGAGCGAAAGGAACAGCUGCUUGCAUCUUUAUGCUUCUCUUCCAUUCCCACACCCUUGGGAAUGUAUGGAAGCGCGUGUGCCUGUGUGUGCGUAUGCUCAUGUGGUAAUUCUCUCCCUCUCUUUCAAGCACAGAACCCAACCCCGCCUUUCCCAUCACAAAGUCAUGGAUUUCCAAAGUGAAAUUCCGGAGGAAAUUUGAGGAGUAUCCGGAUCCGGAGAAAGAGUGAAAAAAAAAAAAGAAAAAAGAAAAAGAGGCAACGUGGAGAUACGAUCAAAGGAAGCGCUGAAAGAGACACGGGCAGACGGGCAGGAGAAGAUGGGGAAAUGAAUUGCUGCCAGACCCUAACCAAAGGGGGAUAUUAGCCCAGCAACUGUACUAACCAAUGGUAGAUGACCUGAUCUUUUAACUACCUCUAUUGCCAAACCAGCUGCCUUAAUCAGUCUUAACCAAUGUCAACAAUUAGGGAGCAACCAAUUUUUAGCACCAGAGCCCACAUCUUUCAGAUUGAUCCUGCCACCAAGAGGAACUGGAUCCCUGCCAGUAAGCAUGCCCUGACAGUGUCCUAUUUCUAUGAUGCUACUCGCAAUGUCUACCGGAUCAUCAGUGUGGGAGGCACCAAGGCCAUCAUCAAUAGCACCAUCACCCCCAACAUGACCUUCACAAAGACCUCGCAGAAGUUUGGCCAGUGGGCAGACAGCAGAGCCAACACAGUGUAUGGGCUGGGCUUUGCUUCUGAACAACAUCUCGCUCAGUUUGCAGCAAAAUUCCAAGAGGUAAAAGAAGCCGCCCGCUUGGCAAGAGAGAAGUCCCAGGAUAAGACUGAACUGACCAGCCCUGCUCUUAGUUUGACUUCCCACCAAAUUCUGGCCAGCCCCAUCAUCAGUUCCAACGGUCCCGGAGAUGACAAGCUGUUCCGGAGCCAGAGUGCUGACAUGGAGAUGACAACAGAAAGAGAGCGGAUUAAAAAAAUGCUCUCUGAAGGAUCUGUUUGUGAAGUCCAGUGGGAAGCCGAAUUUUUCACUCUGCAAGACAGCAACAACAAACUGGUGGCUGCCUUGCGUGAAGCGAAUGCCAAUGUGGAGCAAUGGAAGCAGCAGCUGGCGGCCUAUCAGGAGGAGACCGAAGCACUGCGCCAGCGGGUGGCAGAGCUGGAGGCCCAGAGAGGCCACAAUUCCUCAAGUGAUGUCAAGAAAGAGACCUGUCCAGCUCUGGAAGAGUUGGAACAGUUGGUGAAGGCCAAAGAUGAGGAGCUUCAGCAACUGAAAAGCCAAAAAGGGCUGCAGCAGCAGCCGGAUGAUGAAUAUGAGGAGACACGCCAAAAGGUGCAGGACCUGGAGAGACGGAACACAGACCUGGAGCAGCGCCUGCACUUGGCUGAGCGGUCGCUCUCUGAGACCCUCUCUGAACGGGAGAAGAUGUACCAGGAGGUGGCCAAGGUGGCAGAGAUCAUGGACAUGAAGAUCUUUGAGCUGAGCGAGCUCAGACAGGACUUGGCUAAACUUGUGGAGAGCAGCUAAACCUGGAAAUAAAGGAAGAGCCAGCCCUCCUUUAACACCGGCUUGGCGGGAGUGGGCUAACCGUACGGAUGUGAAGUGAAGGCCGGUUGACUUACACAAUGGUUGCAUCCUUCCUCCUCUGUGGAUGUUCUUUGGAGAAGCAAGCCCAGAGGGGGUCGUGCCUGGAGAGAACCUCCAAGCCAAUUUCUCCAGCCUUAUUUUCCUUUCAGAUGCUUCCAUUUCUAUAAGCCACGGUGUGUUUUUUGCCUAGCCUGAGGCAGUACAUUGGGUUUUUCCACCCCAGUAGUUUUUGAUAGAGAACUCUUAACUCUUCCCCUCAGCCAUCCCAAGGAACCGGUGGCCAAGUCAAAAUUCCCCUCCUGUUCCUAUAACCCUUGUGUUGUAUCUCUUAGCAAGACUGCUUUUUAUAGAUCCCUAAAAACUUAGGUGUGCAGUCAAGCACUCAUAGA